GUUGAUUUGUGUUGUGGUGACGAUACCGUCGGUAGAAAAGUUUAAUUGCGUUGCUUUAUUAAUAAUUCCGGUUGUUAUCGAUUUGUUCCACGAAACUGUCCCCAUUCGCGUGUGUUUUCCCCAAUCAAAUAGUGAAGUGAAGUUCCAGUUAGAAUGGCGUCCAACAGCUCGUCGGCAGCUGCUGUCGAAUCCGGUCAAUCCAAAACGGAUACUUUCGGUUUCAAUGGGUUGAAGAUUUUCGAGGUGGCGCGCGAUUGUUUGCCGGAUGAUCGGAAGCGAACGCAGAAUCUGCUCGAAACCUGGGACGAUAUGUUGUUUGUGUGGAAUUCGAAGAAUUGUGCGGUGAUGUCGCUGAACUGGAGGGCCGCCAACUUGAAGCCGGAUCAGCAGCAAAAGUAUCAGACGCUAAUUCCAUCGGCCCCGCAAAACUUUGCCGUGGAGAAGAUUGUGCCGUCGAUCGAGGCCACCUUCCUGGCGCUGAGUGGCCCACGGGGUCUCACGAUUCUGGAACUGCCCCGACGUUGGGGACCCAAUGGGCAGUACCAGAAUGGGCGGGAGAGCAUCAUUUGCCGGUAAGUUUCUCGCUUCUUCUUCUGUUAUU